CUCUAAUAAUUCACGCAAAAUGGCUAGUGAUGAUUCCCGAUCAAAUGCAAAAAGUGGUCGAUGCUCGUAGCGAUCUCGAAUUAACUUGCAUCUAUCGGUUUAAAACCGACGAAGAAAAAACGUCUGCCACCAUUACGUGGACACUGCCCGAUUUCCUCACCAUUUUUGAAGAACACAAUAUCAACACUCGUUUUCGCUAUGCUGUUGACAGGAAUAAUACUCACGUGAAAUCCACAAUGAUUUUACAAAAGACGAGCUCUUCUGAUACAGGAUAUUUUACUUGCGUCGUCUCUCCCGAAAUUAAAAUCAAUCAAUACGUCUACAUUUACAGUAAAAAACAACUUGUUUUCAUCGAGGCUGACGUCAACACUGAAUUCGUUUCGUUAGCAGGCGAAUCUCUGGAUAUCCCGUGCAAGCCAACCCAUCCAAAUGUAACAAUGUCUUUAUACCGCGGAGAAUUCGGCGCAGACGGGGAACUGAAAUGGAACUUUAUAGAAUUGUCACCCGAAUUUGAAAACGCCCGUUGGUUGCUGAAACCCACGCCAGAACGAGGACUGACGUUAACAAAUUCAAAAGUCAACGACAUUGGUCAAUACAUUUGUGUAGGAAGCAUAAACAAAGGUACGCCAAAUGCUACACACACCGACAGUGAGUUCAACGUUUUCAUCAAAGGAAUGCAACUAGUUAGGAUUGAGGAGGGCGAUGCGGUGGAAGGUGACAAUGUUACUCUGAUAUGUAGUACUAUCAUUCAAAACAGUGGCCCAAAAUUCGUUUGGCGACCAGAAUGGUCCUACGUAAUCAAUGAAAGUGACGAAGAACAGAUAAUAAACACGAUUGACCCUCCUAAAGGAAUUAAAAUAAACAACGAGGUCACGCACAAGGUUCUUGGAGAUUACAUAUACGAUUUACAUGAAAGUCAGCUGGAACUGUCCAUCGUAACUCUUAAUACGCCCACGCACUUUCGAUGCAGAGGAAACGUCAGUCGUAAAAUGGUGUCUCAAUCAAUUAGUUUUACAAUCAAAGAAUUAAAUAACAAUCCAAUGAAUGUCAAACUGGGAAAAGGAAUAGCUCAGAACUUGACUUGCAACAGAUUAUCAAACAUCAACAUCCAGUGGUUCAAGGACGACAAAGAAUAUUUGGGGUUAACCUAUACAAGCAGUAGUUCAUCCGUUUUGCCAUUACAAGGAAUUAAUGGAGAAACGGGAACUUAUUCAUGUCGGUGGAACAACAGCCGAGGAGAAAAAAGAUUUAGAAAUUUUAGUUUUGCAGAAGAAACAGAAUCUAGAAAUGUCGCCAUCGCUGUUUGCGUAUCUCUAGCAACUUUAGUUGUUACCGGAGUCUCCAUCAAACAGUACGUUGAUAAGAAAAACAAAGAAAAAAUAAUUUUAGAAAGUUUGAACGGAAAUCCUGAUGGCAUUGAUCCAAACUUGCCAAUCGAGUACCAAACUGAAUUUCUGCCUUACGACAAAGAAUGUGAAUUUCCCAAAAAUCGCCUAAAAUUCAGAAACAAGCUGGGAAAAGGAUGCUUUGGGGAAGUUUACAAAGCCGAAGCUAUCGGCAUGAAAAACUCGGAUGAGACUGUUACAACAGUAGCCGUCAAAAAGGUCCUUCCGACAUCGCGAUUUCAUAUCAGAUCAAAGAAUGACGGAUUAGAUGCUCUCAUUAGAGAACUGAAAAUUCUUAAUUACUUAGGAUCGCAUAUAAAUGUCGUCAAUUUACUGGGGGCCUGCACCAAAGACAUUAUCAAAGGCGAACUCCUGCUGAUUAUCGAUUAUUGCCGUUUUGGCAAUUUGCAAUCGUAUUUGAGUAAACAGCGUAAUAAAUUUCUCAACCAAUUAGACGGCUUUGGUAACCUAGCACUACCAAAUGAAUUUGUGGGAAGUAGCACAAUUUACUGUGGGGACGGUGCCUAUUGCGGAAAAUCAAGAAGGCAACUACAGCCUGGACUCUUAGAUAAUUCUGCAUCUCAAGCAAGAAAUUCGACAACCGACGUUUCAAUCUGCCUCGUUCCACUAACGGAAGAAGAUUUCAUUCAAGAAACGGAAGCCGUUUGGAAAUAUAGAGAAGACGUUGGCGCCAGUUUCCAUCCACCGAUUUCCACCUGGAAUUUAAUUAGCUUUUCUCUCCAAAUAGCCAAGGGGAUGGAAUAUAUAGCCAGUAAAAAGGUUUUCCAUGGCGAUUUAGCCGCUCGCAAUGUCCUUUUGGCUGAUCACGGGGUUGUCAAAGUUGCCGAUUUCGGUAUGGCGAGAAAAAUGUAUAACGACAGCUACGAAAUAAAAGGACAGAGAUUGCUACCAGUCAAGUGGAUGGCCAUUGAAUCGUUGGCGGAUAACGUGUUUUCUACUCAAUCUGACGUUUGGUCUUAUGGCAUUCUUCUAUGGGAACUCUUUACCCUGGGCAAAACUCCAUACCCCGGUAUGAACGGCCAUAUACUCGUCAAAGAUAUUCAAGACGGCCUACGAAUGGAGAAGCCAGAUUAUUCGCCAAACUUUUUUGGAGACCUAAUGAAACAUUGUUGGAAAAAAGAACCUAACGAUCGACCUACAUUCUGUCAACUGACUAACAUGAUCGAAAAGUAUAUGGAGCCAUUUGUCAGUUCCCAGUACUUGGAUACAAGCUUAUUUGAAAACAAUGACAAGGAAGAUUUCGAUGAAUCUUCGCCCUCGGAAAAAUUGGAAUAAAAAUUGAAGGACGCCAUUCGACAAGAC